AAGCACAAAAGCCUUGUUUUCAAUAAGAAUGAGAUACACAGACACAGCAGAGACUCGGAAAAAAAAAGGAGAUAUUUGAUAAGCAGCGAGAACAUCUACAGUGUCGCAAACGUUAUCAUGAAGUGUGGGCAGGGGUCCUCUACGAGUUGGGAAAUUUGCAGUAAGAUUUAGAGAGACAAUCAGGAGAAGCCAAAGCUGUUUUUUGGGAUGAAAAGAGACAGAAUAUUCUUGAAGAAGCGGCUGUUCCUCCAAAAGAAUAAAAACCAGGAGUAUCCACGAGCCAACAUAGACAACCUUCCCUCCCCAAAAAACAAAACAGAACAGAAAAUUAAGGCAGUUAAUCCAGCAUUGCAACAAUACGGUGUAACGAACUGGACAGAGCAAUAAAGAGAACGCGAGACAGCGAAAUAACUAAAACAUAAUAACACAGAAAAGCAGAAAGAAAAAGAACAACAAAUGAUAUAGCGCUAACAUAUUCUGCAGCGCUGAAAAACAGAGAACCAGAAGAUACAAAAUAUAGAUCCAGAUCAGAUACAAGGACAGGAGAGAGAAGAGAAGGGGUGGUUAUUGCCUGAAGAGUAAGGCUCUUUAUUGGUUGAAGGUAGCUGGUAAAAGAACAGGCUACAUUGAAGAAAGGAACUAGAAUUCCAUGAUGUUAUUGUCGACCCUCAUUUUGCUUUUGUUGGUGGCCUCAAAUUGCCUUUUGGUGGGUCAGACGUGCGAAAUUCCAGAAGAUGACCGUUUGUACAUUUUGUCCAAGAUCAAGGCCCAGAUUGUGGAUGCACUGGGACCCCCUCCUUCUGUGUCCACACUAUCUUCUCCAAUACCUUCUCCAAGCUCCUGGCCAGCACUGAGGUCAGAGCAGAGGACUAUACGAAAAAGACACAGCAAGAGGCAAAGUGCAGGCCUUGAAGACAGCUCUCAGGUCAUCCUGUUCCCCUCCUCAGAUGUCUUAUGUGAGACCCCAAAUCUUGAUACAUCUCAUGAAGAACUUGGCAACAGUUUUACUUACAUAUUCCGUCCUUCACCUCAUAUCCUGAGUCGCAAAGUCUUGUCAGUACAGCUUUGGUUUUACACAGGAAAUUCUCAAACCCACCCUCCAAAACUGUUGCAAGACACGUCUAAAAAUGAACCCACUCUACUUCAUAGCCUAUCCUCUGCUCAAGUUGAUGAUCACAAGCCUCAGCCACCAACUGAUGGCCCUGUCACCCAGCAUGACCAUCAAGUGGACAAUUUUCCUGCUUCUUCAUUUAACAUCAGUGGAAAUUCUGACAUACUUCAACACUUGGUGGACCUCCAGGUGCUAUCAGAACACAAAGCAAUAACUGUGGCCACUUCCAGGGUAGAAAGAGUUGAUGACUGGAUUGUCUUUCAUUUGGCACCAGCUUUUCUAAGCUAUGUAACACAGGGUCUAUUCGUCAUGCUGGUCAAUUGCCCUACCUGUCCAUGUACCAACGAGCCUGAAUAUACCCCGUUCCUUAUGUACACUACUCGGCCCUCUCAUCGGAGUCGAAGAUCCAAGGUUCCCUGGUCUCCAUCUGCUCUGGAAUUGCUGCAACGUCCUGCAGGUUCAGGCAUCGAGAGCGCCCAUUGCCAUCGCGGCUCACUCAAUAUAUCAUUCGAGGAGCUAGGAUGGGACCAGUGGAUUGUACACCCUGGUAGCUUCCAGUUUCACUAUUGCCAUGGCACCUGUUCUCCAAGCCAUGGUUUGAGCCAAGCUCUCCACUGGGGCCACUGCUGUGCCGCACUUCCCAGUACAAUGAAGUCAUUAUGGGUUACCACUACAACAGAUGGUGGUUUCUCGUACAGAUAUGAGACGGUGCCAAAUCUGCUGACUCAAGACUGUGCCUGCAGUUAGAGCCAAUAGCUCACUUUAUGAAGAUGACCAAAGUCCAACAGCAGCGCCCCUGCCUGUGCUGCCUUAGCCUUCCAAUACCAAGAGUUUUCAAAAGGCGGAAGGACAAGAGCAGAGCAAUCUGGCAUUGGAGCUCAGAUUUUGGGGUUAAACCUUUCAUGGUUUAACCCCUAAAGUUAAGCCAGCGUCAGAGACCUCUUGCCACCAUAACAACUUAAUUUCUAUAAAAAUAAUUGAACUGAAAAAUAUUCUCCAAGUCAGCUUGGCUGCAGUUUGGCUAUUUUGGUAGUUAAAAAUAACUGUGAAUGAAUAC